UCUGCUAUUGUAUCGUAGGAGGCACCAACUUAAAACCGCCGACUUGCGCACAGCCGUCGCGAGCCUCUCUUUCUCGCUCAUCGCGAACUUCGCGGCUGCUGAUUUGCAAUGGCAAAAGGCGACGACGCGGUCAAGAGGAAGAAGAACAGAGCGAACAGGAAGAAGCUCCAGAAGAAACAGGACUCGUCGGCUGUCUCCGCUCGCGUCGCCGCCAUCAUCGCCGCCAAGAAGCGGCGCAAGUCCGGCAAGCGCCGCAUGUGCCAGGGUAUGUGUUUCAGUCUUCCUACUCCAGAUGAUCCAUUCAAUGACCAACAUGGAAAGGAUGCUUUGACUAAAACUAGCAAAAAUGGGAUGAGCGCCAAGUCAAGGAAAGGGGCUUUGAAAAGGAAUGAUAAUGGGGCUGAUCCUGUACUAAAUAUAGGAAAUAAUGCUGGACAUCCCAAGAAUGAGCAGGUUAGAGACCUAACUUCUGAUGGUAAGCAUGAGAAAAGAAGUAAUACAGACAGUAAGGUGAUUAAGAAAAGCGGUCCUCAAGGUCAACAAGGUCAUGCUUGGGAAAACUCAUGUUCCUCUAAGUUUCUUACGUUGUGCCUGAAGACAUUGGAGGAUGCCUUGUGGCAUGAAAACACUCAGAAUGGUGACAUGAUCAACCCUUUGUUUGUUAAUGCCUGGGGAAUCGAAUUCUGGAAACUUUAUGCAUCUGGCAAAGAUAUUCUAGAGACGAGUGGGGUUUGUAUUUCAGCUGAACAAAUUGCCUGGAUUGUGUCCAUUGCUGCUGAUGCUUUUGCAAGGAAGGAGAAAGAAGGUCUAUCCUUAACCAGCCCUUUCCUUUUGUAUCUUGUGCCAACAGCUGAGAAAGCUGCUGAGGUACGUGCUAUUUGCAAGCCCUUGAAGGCUCUUGGUAUACAUACCGUGAGUAUACAUUCCGGUGCCUCUAUAGAUCAUCAAAUUCACGGGUUGAGAAGUUGUGAGCCCGAGUUUCUCGUGUCGACACCUGAGAGACUUUUGGAGCUUAUUACCUUGAAGGCCAUUGACAUUUCUCAAACGUCCUUGCUGGUUGUUGAUGGAGUUAGAACUCUUUCUGAAGGCGCUUAUCUUGAUAUGAUCAAAUCUGUGAGACAAUUCAUUUCUGGAAAUCCUCGUACAGUGGUUUUCAAUGAUUGCCCUACUUGUCCGUGCACUGCAACCAUGCAAAAUCUUCUGAAUGGACCUAUUGAAAGAUUGUCUCUUGAUGAUUCCAUCACCAGUCUUAGUUCAUGCAUCGUCCAGUCUGCAAAUGUCUGCACCUCAGAAGAAGAAAAGCUAUUGAAGUUCCCUCACAGAAGAAAAUGUACCUGACUCAUGGAGCCAUUGAUCAAAAUGCUCUAGCAGUGCCAUCAAGUUGUACCUGAAACCUUGAGAGACUUGGCUCUUUUGUCUUCGAGAAUGGACGAGUAGAAUCAGUUCCAGCCAUCAAACCUUUAUAUACCGUCAUAUUCCUGAUUUUCAUUUGCAGCUUGAUGAAUUGAGAAGGGCAUCUUAUUUCUUUCCUGUGGGCUCGGGUUCAUGUAAGGCACAUCAUUAAGACUGUUAAUUUUUCCGCCAAUUCCGUAAGAUUUAUACAAUUUAU